AUGACCCAGAUUUCAACAUCAGCAUUCUGGAAGCUCUCCCCAAAGCCCCCCCCCCCCCUUCAAUCCAACCCAUAUCCUGAAGUCUUUAUCCCUCCAGCUCCUCACACUGAUGACAUAUCAUCUACACAAUAUCCUGAAGUCUUUAUCCCUCCGGCUCCUCGCGCUGAUGAUACAUCAUCUAACCAAUAUUCCCAAGUCAUUAUCCCUCCGGCUCCUCACGCCCAUGAUGCAUCAUCUACUCGAUAUCCUGAAGUUGUUAUCCCUCCGGCUCCUCCCGCUGAUGAUGCAUCAUCUGCCCAAUAUUCGCAAGUCGUUAUCCCUCUGGCUCCUGAUACAUCAUCUGCCCAAUAUUCGCAAGUCAUUAUCCCUCCGGCUCCUCCCGCUGAUGAUGCAUCAUCUGCCCAAUAUUCUCAAGUCGUAAUCCCUCCGGCUCCUCGUGCCGAUGUUGAAAAUAUGGGAACACCCAAUGAAUCUGAUGGUGCUGGCGCUGCACCAACUUCAUCAGUCCAAGCUGGAGCUGAGCGUCGUCGUGGAAGGCGCACACAACAACGUUCACAACUGACCGUGCCCACUUCCUCGGCAGAUGAAAUCCAACCACUCCCAGAUGGGCAUCGCCAAGUGCGCAAACCCUUCAAUGCAAGAGAACAUGACAACGAUAUUGGCGGGCCAAUGAAGCGCGCUCGGCAUACAUAA